UGUCGCGUGUUCACUGGUAGUCUUGUAUUCAGUAUUGCCCUUGCUCUCCCCUUCUUCCUCUCUGCUGGCCACGGCCGUAGCCGCGCCGCCGCAUUUCGUUCCUCCGAGUCCCCACUCAACAUCGUGUGAACCAGCUUGCUUGCUGCGCCCUAGUUCUUGCCUUCUGGUACCCGUUGGAAUUUUUAAGCGGAAGCUUGCCUGCUCCACUUACUACGCGCCCGUUGGCAAUUUGGUAUGGAAUGGCGCGACACCACCACCAUCACUUCGUCUCCCACCUCCGAGCCUCCGCGCCGCUCGCCGACCUCCUCCGCUCCGCGCCCAACCUCCCCGCAGCCCGCGCCGCGCACGCGCGCGCCCUCAAAUCGCCCUUCGUGGCCGAGACGUUCCUCCUCAACACCCUCGUCUCUGCCUAUGCGCGGCUCGGCCGCCUCCCUGACGCACGCAGGGUGUUCGACGAGAUCCCCCACCCCAACACCUUCUCCUACAACGCCCUCCUCUCAGCGCACGCGCGCCUUGGCCGUCCUGCCGACGCCCGUGCGCUCUUCCACGCCAUCCCCGACCCAGACCAGUGCUCCUACAACGCCGUCAUCGCUGCGCUCGCCCAGCACAGCCGCGGUGCUGAUGCCCUCCUGUUUUUGGCCGCCAUGCACGCCGACGACUUCGUGCUCAAUGCCUACUCCUUUGCCAGCGCCCUGAGUGCAUGUGCUGCGGAGAAGGAUUCGAGGACCGGGGUGCAGGUGCAUGCCCUUGUCUCUAAGUCGCCACAUGCAAAGGACGUGUACAUUGGGAGCGCGCUCUUGGACAUGUAUGCAAAAUGUGAGUGGCCGGAGGAGGCACGGAGGGUCUUUGAGGCAAUGCCAGAGCGGAAUAUUGUUUCCUGGAACAGCUUGAUUACUUGCUAUGAGCAGAAUGGCCCUGUGGGUGAGGCUCUUGUACUAUUUGUCAGCAUGAUGAAGGCUGGUUUCGUGCCUGAUGAGGUGACACUUGCAAGUGUCAUGAGUGCAUGUGCGGGCCUUGCUGCAGAUAGGGAAGGAAGGCAGGUCCAUGCCCGUGUGGUGAAGUCCGAUAGGUUUAGGGAGGACAUGGUGCUGAGCAACGCUCUGGUUGACAUGUAUGCUAAAUGUGGGAGGACACGUGCAGCGAGGUGUGUGUUUGAUCGCAUGGCUUCUAGGAGUGUUGUCUCUGAAACAUCUCUGAUCACUGGGUACGCAAGGUCUGCAAAUGUGGAAGAUGCUCAGAUGGUGUUCUCACAAAUGGUCGAGAAGAAUGUCAUUGCUUGGAAUGUGCUCAUUGCAGCGUAUGCGCAGAAUGGUGAGGAGGAGGAGGCACUUAGGCUCUUUGUCAGGUUGAAAAGAGAGUCAGUUUGGCCAACACAUUACACAUAUGGAAAUGUUCUCAAUGCAUGUGGAAAUGUUGCUGAUCUUCAGCUUGGUCAGCAAGCUCACGUGCAUGUCCUUAAAGAAGGUUUUCGCUUCGACUUUGGACCGGAGUCUGAUGUGUUUGUUGGGAAUUCCCUUGUGGACAUGUACCUGAAGACAGGCUCCAUCGAUGAUGGUGCAAAGGUGUUCGAGAGGAUGGCAGCAAGAGAUAAUGUGUCAUGGAAUGCAAUGAUUGUUGGUCAUGCACAGAACGGCCGUGCAAAAGAUGCACUGCAUCUUUUUGAGAGAAUGCUGUGCAGCAAAGAGAGUCCAGAUUCUGUCACCAUGAUUGGGGUUUUGUCAGCCUGUGGACAUUCUGGUUUGGUGGAGGAGGGCCGGAGAUACUUUCGGUCCAUGACCGAGGAUCAUGGGAUAAUUCCAUCCCAGGAUCACUACACAUGCAUGAUUGAUUUGCUUGGUCGUGCAGGUCAUCUAAAGGAAGUAGAGGAGCUCAUAAAAGAAAUGUCAAUGGAACCUGACGCUGUGCUCUGGGCUUCUCUGCUAGGUUCAUGUAGACUGCAUAAGAACGUUGAGAUGGGAGAAUGGGCAGCUGGGAAAUUGUUUGAGCUUGAUCCUAGGAACUCUGGACCCUAUGUUCUUCUCUCGAAUAUGUACGCUGAGCUGGGAAAAUGGGCAGAUGUUUUCAGAGUAAGGAGUUCCAUGAAGCACAGGGGAGUCAGUAAGCAACCUGGCUGUAGUUGGAUUGAGAUAGGCAGGAAAGUGAGCGUGUUUCUCGCACGAGAUAAUGGACAUCCGUGCAAGAAUGAGAUACACGCUAUUUUGAGAAUCAUUCAGAUGCAGAUGAGCAGGGUGAGUGUAGAUUCUGAAAAUGCUGAUGGCAUGAUGAAUUACAGCACUGAAGCCUGUGGCUAGAACUAGAAGGCACGAUGCAUU